AUGCCAAAAUUUUACCAGUCGAUCACUCCCGAACUCCGCGACUGGGCCCUCCGCCAGAGCGUCUUUUUCGUGGCCUCGGCGCCUCUGCAAGGACGGCAUGUCAAUGUGUCACCCAAAGGGUUUCCCGACUCGUCAUUCGCCAUCCUUGGCCCCAACGAGGCUGCCUAUGUUGAUGCCACCGGUUCGGGUAGUGAAACCAUCAGUCAUGUGCGCGAAAAUGGUCGUGUCACCAUCAUGUUCUGCUCAUUCGAUGCUUCCCCGGGCAUAGUACGCUUUUUUUGCACCGGGUCCGUGAUCGAAUGGAAUGAGCCUGGAUUCACCCCCUACCUCGAGCGGAUGGGAGGUAAGCAAGUGGAGGGAGCGCGUGCUAUCAUCCGUCUGAAUGUCUUCAAGGCUCAACAUUCUUGUGGAUAUGGAGUCCCGCGAUUAUCACUGAAAGUCGACCCCAAGACCAACAACACUGACCCGUUUCUCCAAGACCGCAGUACCUUGGGCCAUUGGACGGGCAAAAAGGUCCGAUCCAACGAGCUUCGCGCGUAUCAGAAGGAGUAUAACGUCCGUAGUCUUGACGGGCUGCCUGGACUGAAUACGGCGUUGAAAGAUAACCACCAGCUUAUCUGGCUGAAACGGUUGGGCAACUGGGCGCGACGCCACCGAGAUGAGAUUGAGAUGAUGAAAACCUCCGUUCUGAUACUGUUCAUCUCCAUGACCAUUUUGCAAUGGGCCGGAUAUUCUGGAGCGUCGGGGUCCAGCGCCGACCGCCGUCAUGCCAUUGCCGAGUUCGCUCGAAAUUACCCCCAGGAUCCGGUCGAUGUGAUCAUCGCAGACUUCAUGAGCGAGGCGAAUAUGGUAACGGCGGCUGCACGCAAAGUGGAACAAGACCAGCUCAAGGAGAAAGGUGGACAAGGUCCCCCAAUCCCCGACGCUCCAGGCUAUGAAGCCGCAUUCCUCUUGUCUCUGAGCCCGGCCCUUGAAGACCUAGCAAAGCACGGCAUCAAAGUGGCGGUCAAUGCAGGGAACGCGGACACCGAGGGCCUUUACAAUGUGGUCAGGCAGAUGGUGGAGGCGAAAGGACUGAACCUCAAGGUGGCUUGGGUAUCCGGAGAUGAAGUCCUUUCAACCGUCAAAGCUGCACUGUCAUCGGGCAAGUCAACAUUUAACAACAUCUACACUGGCAAAUCUCUCUCCGACUGGCCCUUCGAGCCCAUCUUUGCUCAGUGCUACUUGGGUGGACUCGGAAUCGCGGCUGCACUGUCCCACGGAGCCGAUAUCGUACUCUGCGGCCGAGUCUCCGACGCUUCACCCGUCAUUGGAGCUGCAUACUGGUUCCACAACUGGAACUGCAGCGACCUUGAUCAGUUAGCCAAUGCAUUUGUGGCCGGUCACCUCAUAGAAUGCAGCAACUAUGUCUGUGGAGGUAACUUCACCGGCUUCAAGACGCUAGAACACGUCGGCGGUGAUGGCUGGGCCAACAUCGGGUAUCCCAUCGCAGAGAUCUCCCCUGAUGGCAAAGUGAUCAUCACCAUGCAGUCCUACGCAACCGGGGGCGCCGUCACUGUCGACACCUGCUCAUCCCAGCUUCUCUACGAGAUCCAAGGCCCAUGGUACUUCAACUCCGACGUCACGGCCAUCCUCAACGACAUCCACUUCGAACAAGUAGGGACCAACCGAGUCGCCAUCCAUGGUAUUCGCUCCGAUGCGCCACCCCCCACCACCAAAGUUGGCAUCACAGCUCACGGCGGCUUCCAAGCCGAGGCGACCUGGUUCCUCGUCGGCCUCGACAUCGACGCCAAAGCACGCAUGCUAGAAGCCCAGAUCCGCCAUCUCCUAUCCCCAUACUCCUCCAAAUUCACUGCCCUCCACUUCUUCACCCUGGGCUCUGUAGCCCCCAACCCUCAAGACCAAGACAGCGCCACCGUCUGCCUCCGCAUCGUCGCCCAAGCCCGCGACGCCGACGACCUCUCCCCGAUGCACUUCCUCCGCCACAUCGUAGACAACAUCAUGCAAGGCUACCCCGGGGCCACCUUCCACCUCGACUCCCGACAAGGCCUCCCUCGUCCCAUCUACGAAUACCACGUCAGCCUCCUCCCCCAAUCCUCCAUCAACCACCGCGUCCACCUCCCCUGGCUGAAUCAAACCCUCCUCAUCGCCCCUCCCCCAACCACCAAAACCUACCCUCUCCGCCAACCCUCCCAGCCCAUCACCUCAAUGGCCCCCACCAUAACCAUAAACCCCUUUGGCCCAACCACCCGCGGUCCCCUCGGCUGGAUCAUCCACGCCCGCUCCGGCGACAAAGGCCCCGACGCAAACUGCGGCUUCUGGGUCCGGCAUGCCGACGAAUAUCUCUGGCUACAAUCCCUAUUGUCCAUUCCAACGAUACAAAUCCUACUAGGAGAGAAAUACAAUGCCAAUCCCGACCUGAGUAUCGAGCGCUUCGAGCUUCCAAAUAUGAGGGCUGUGCAUUUCUUGUUUCGCAAUUUGUUGGAUAGAGGUGUCGGCGUUACCACGACGGUGGAUUUCCUGGGGAAGAAUGUGGCGGAGUUUUUGAGGGCCAGGGAGGUGGAUUUGCCGGUUAGGUUUUUGAGUAGGGGAAAAUUGUAG